AUGACAAUUAGCAAAAAUCAAAGAGUUGUGAUGAAUCUGAACCAACAAUCAUCUCACAUUCAUCAAGCCUUCAGUACAUCACAUCCACCACCAGUAUGCAAUACAUCCUCUUGUUUUACUGCUUCUACUACUACUCUAAAAAAGAAUAUGAAUAAGAUCAUAUCUUCAUCAACAACUAAUAAUCAUUCUAACCAUACAUCAUCAUCAUUGUCAUUCACUAAACCACAUACAUGUAAUAAUUCAAAGUUAACUCAUCCCAAUGUUCAGGUCAAUACUCAAACUUUCAGCUCCUCAAUCUCCUCCUCCACCAACAACACCAACAACAACACCAAUACACAACAACAACAACAACAUGUAACUCAAUCCAAUCAUCCUCAUCCACAACAACAAGGCUUUUGUUUAAUAUUAGAUACACAAUCAACAAGUAUACACUCCAAUAACUCACUUCAAAUGCACUUUAGAUGUAAGAAGAGUUACAAGGAUUACACUUUGGAUGACAUUUCCCAAUAUUUUCAUUUACCUAUUAAGGAAGUUGCUUCUUCAUUGAAUGUUAGUGUUACAUUUUUAAAGAAGGUUUGCAGACGAUUGAAUAUAAGUAGAUGGCCCUAUAGAAAAGUAACAUCACUUCAUAAGAAAAUAUCAGAUAUUAAGCAAACAAAUAUUACAUUAUCAAAAAAUAAUACUAUUAUCAAUAAUAAUAAUACCAUUGACAAUAUCAAUGAUAACAGUACAAGUGUUAUUAUCACAACUGGUGAUGAUCAAAAUAACAAAAUGAUUAUAGUUAAUGAAGAGAUUUCAUUGAGUUCAUUCUCAUCAACCACACCUCAUUCAAAUAUAAUUACAUCAAGUAUUGAAUCAUCUACAUUACAACAUGCUAUAAACAAGUGUAAUCCUUGUCCAAUUAUCAAUACUACUAAUAGAGUCUGUGAUUAUCAUCAUGAUCUAGCUGUUGGUGAUUCAAAUGAGAAUCAUCUUGAGAAUCAUUCGACGUCAACAACAUGCUGUAGUCACAAUAAGGAAAAUAAUAUGCAUCCAAUUCCAUCAAUGUAUUCAAACGACAUUAAGAAUCCUUCAUCAGAAUCCUCAACAACUCUUUACAAUACUACUCCAACUUUUAAUACAACAACAUCAUCCUCCUCUUGGAAUACUUCAUCUACAGUUAAUACUACUACCACUGCCACUACAAUGAAUACUAUUCAAUAUAAUAGUCCUCAAUCCAAUUGUCAAUAUAAUUCAUUCCAUUCUUUACCUUUCACAAUAAUAGCUCCAAAACGUUAUACUUUUGAUUCAUACAAUUGUUUUAAUUGUAAUACUUUUAAUACUACUGAGAAGGAAUGUAAUGAAACGAGAAGAAGUAGUAUUGAUUCAAUAAUUGAAAGAAGAAGUAGUAUUGAUCAAGUUGAAUUAUCUUCUUCAAAUUAUAAUAGUAGUUUUGAAAAGAAUAGUGUAAAUACUUCAUAUAGUGAUGAAUCAAAGAAUGUAUAUAGAGAUUUAACCACAAGAGAAGUUAUUUAUUUACCUUCAUUUAAUGAUUUUUGUAAACAAGCUGGUUUAUAA